UACAAAGCAUUUCGUCACUAUCAAGAAGGCCAUUCUACCCUUCUUUUCUCUCUUCUUUAUUUUCCUUUCUAUCUAUUAUACUCUGGAGCUCCCACUUGAUCUUGAUAUUUGUGAUAUUCACAUCAAAAACUUCAUCAAUUUUGAAUUUCAUAUUGAAGCAGCAUAAUGUCAGCUAUUUCAGAAACACGCAGAACCAACGGUAAUUUUGGUAGAGAUGCGCCUCGAUCACCUGUUAGUAUCUCAACAGAUUCUAGUAGGAGGAACUCGUUGAGGCCAAUAUUCCCAGACAAGCACUCAGAGCCUCCUCCAACUCCAGUUUCACCUCCAACCUUUGACCGUUUGUCAAAAAAACGAGCGGCAUCGCUCGACACUGAGAGUGCAAAUCAACCACGAAUCGGAGACCUCGCAUUGAAUAGUGCGAGCACAAGCAAUAGUAUCACCGGAGGACCUUCGCCAAUUUCUGAUACGGCCGUCACAGAACAAGUGUGCCUUUGUCAACCUGACCCUAAGAUACCACGACCUCGAAACGGUGCGUGACUUAAAACUUUUCUUUGACAUUGAUGAUUGACAAUGAUCGUAUGAUUGGUUGAAAGGGGCUCCAGAAACCCUAUGUUCACCCUAAUCUUUGUUUACUUAGAUGGCAUCCUUUGUUUUUACUACAGAAGCUAACAUCAUCUCUUUAUAGCAUUUAUCCUUUACCGUCAACAUUAUCAGGCACAAGUCGUCGCCCAGCAUCCCGGUCUUGCAAAUCCCGAAAUAUCAAAGAUCAUUGGCGAACAGUGGCGAGAGCAGGCUCCAAACGUAAAAGAGGAAUGGAAAAGACUCGCUGAAGUAAAUAACAUAGUAAAUAGCCCGUGAUCUUUGACCAUGCUGAUUUGAUGAUACCUAGGAAGAAAAACAACGUCAUCAGAGACAAUACCCAAAUUAUCGUUACCAGCCACGAAGAGCUGGAAAACCAGUCGGUAAUCGUCCACCAACUUCAACAUCGGACGAUGCCAUUCGGUGUCCGAGAUGCAACGGACGCUACAUCUCAACGCCAAGUACACCGCUGACACCAUUUACGCCGGCAUUUGGGGCUGCCGUUCCUCGUAACGAUAGACUUCUCCCAUCCUUCAGUGCGAAUAAUCAGUCCCAGCAGCAGCAUCAGCAGCAGUCCCAACAGUCUCAGUACCAUUCCCAGCCCGUCGAGCUGGAUAGGCAACGCUAUUUCGCCCAAAUGCCGAGAAACGGUAGAGUUGAUUCGCCACGUAUAGGUCCACCUCCCCAACAAAUGGUCAGGCGGCACCCAUAUCCUCAACCCCUCCAUACGCAUCACGAACACGAUCAAGAUAGUGAGAUGCAAUCUCCCUCCCCGGAUAUCAAACGUCGACGCUUCACAAAUGAUCCGAGGGUCUACCCACAAGCAUCUCCUAUGAUUUAUUCUAACCAUCAAAGCUUUGCCCGCACUCAACAAAUCCCAAUGUCCGCAGGACCCUUCCGGAACCCUCCUCAACCUCUUCCAUCUACAAGACCCGGUGUAAUGGGUCCGCCUCAAUCUGCACCUAUGCGAAGCACUCAUAUGCAACAGACCAUGACACCCGUCUACCGCAACCGUACACCAACAUUUGACGAAUCCUUACGACUACCUCCUUUACAAACUCAACUUCCUACUACAACCUCCACCUCCACCUCCACCUCCACCUCUACCCAUCCUCCCACCGAUCGAGAUGUCCGUCACGAAAACCGGGAAUCUCAAGCUCGCAGUAUUGAAGCUAUGGUGAUGACAAUUCCGUAUAUGAAUAAAUUGACGGUACUUUCAAAAAUUUCCCCGCCAUUGGCGACGCCGGGUCCGACGAGCCCGGCACAGGAUAUUAGAGGUGCGGUGAUUGCGGUAGAGGGGGUGGAAAAAGGAUUGAUUAAGGAGGUAGGAGAUUUUAUUAGGGGACAUUUAGAAAAAGAUGCUAGUUGUGUGGUCCGGACAUGGAUUACAGAUUCAAGUGCUGCUCGAGGUUCAAGAGAAAUAGCGGCAGAUGGUGACAUGGAUACUGAGAUGCGGGACGUCUCGGCUGCAAAAGACAGUAGACGGGAAGAAGCAAGGGAGAAGGGAAAGGAAAAAGAUGCAGAGAGAAUUGAGCAUAGAGAUGAGAUGAUGAUGGAUAUAAAAGAUUUCAAACACAAAGAAGAAUCUUCCGAUCCGUUUGUCGAUUAUUUAUCGACUAUCUCUCAAUGGCAUCGCAAUUCCUCUCAAAUCACAAAGUUUAUCACUACUAUCCCUCCUUCAUCUCCUCGCAGAGAUACUCCGAUUACCUCAUCAACACCCCAAUCUUCGGAAACGUCCCAAUCUUCUACUCCUCACAAAAAAACACCAAUAGCCCUCAUACCACAUGGCUAUUCCCUCACAUUGUCAGACUCGUUUUCGCUAAGAUUACCGAUAAAUGAUUCUUAUGCGCCGGUAGAUCAUUGGCAGUGGAUGGCUACGCUGUGGAGAGGUAUUAUAGGUGCGGAUCUUACGGUUUUCGUAAAGGGGGUAGGGAGGGAGGAGAUGGAGCGGUGUGGGGGUGUAGAGUGGAGUGUUGGGGGUGGGGGGGAAUAGUGGUUAGAGUUUUGGUUUCGGAGAAAGGGGGAGGGAGGGUAGUUUGGGGAGUUUAGGGGAUAGUGGGGGUUUGAGGAAGGGGAGUGGUGGUGCGGAGAGUCAAAGAGAAAGAGAAAGAGAAAAGGAGAUAGCUGGUGGAACUGGAAAGGAAAGAGAAAAAAUUAAGGGCAAAAUGGAUGAGAAGACUAGAAGGAGAUUAGGUUUUGAAGUUGGUGAAUGGGUCAGGGGAAUUGAU